AUGACAACAGAGUGGAGUGUGAGUCGGAAGACCCAGGCUUUCAUAUCUUCUUCUCCGCAUUCCGGGUCCGCCAUCAUGGAUUCCUCCAAGCCUCAAUCAGACCAGCAAAUGAAAUCUGAAUCCCCGUCUGACACAAAGAAGGUUGGAGAGAUUUAUGACUUGGAUGAGGCUGUGCUCCGUGCUCAAGGUCGUGAAGCACAGCUUGGCCGUUCCUUCUCGUGGUUUGGUGCCCUCGGUCUAGCGUUCAGGUAUGUUCGACGAUUCCCCCCAAAAAUGCCACAAAAGCUUAUCGGUGUGCCUCUUAAGUAUUGUCAACUCCUGGUUGACGGCCAAUAUCACUUCACGUAUAUUGUCGCACCAGAGCGUUUCCGGAACAUCGCUGCCUUUAUUGUCGGGGCAAUCAACGUCAUCGCCUGGUGGGUGAACACAGCCUCAGGAACCAUAUACACAGCAAUAUCUGCCUUUGGGAUUUGUCAGUUUUUGAGAGAUGAUUUCGUUGGUACCCAAUGGCAGGUAUAUCUCUGCUAUCUACUGCUCAUAUUGCUCACUUUGCUGCCGCUGUUUCUUAUCCCCCAGCGAUAUAUUGAGAACCUGACCAAAGCAUCAAUGUUUCUUUCCCUACUUGGCUUUGUUUUGGUGGUAAUAGUCUGCUUGGUGAUGGGCAAGGGCCAUUACGAACCCAGAAAUCUGGUUGAGUAUCACUCUACGAGCGGUUGGUCAGCCGGUCCAGGGUGGCUGCUUGGAAUUGGAAAUGGGGAGUAUGCAUUUGCUGCAGCGGGCGCUUGUGUUCACAUUGCAGAGGAGAUUCCCCAACCAAGCCGAAAGAUUCCACUGGUCAUAAAUCUGACAAUAUUGAUUGGGAUCUUUACUCUUGUUCCUUCAAUAAUUGCGAUGACUUGUGUGCUGCAAGACAUGGACGCUGUUCGACAAGCCUUUCUACCCAGUCUGGAAUUAUUUUACCAAGCCACAGGUAGCAAAACCGCAUCAGUAUUUCUACAGGUCUACCUGACCAUCUUGUACUACUCCUGUGUUCCUAGUCAGUGGAUUACAAGCAGUAGAAUGGCUUGGGCCUUUUCCCGCGAUAACGGACUCCCAUUUUCUCACUACUGGGCGAAGGUAGAUGAGAAAAGAGGCAUUCCCAUCCGAGCCCUUCUUCUCUCCGCGUCCUUCUGCGCCAUCUAUGGCUUGCUGUACAUCGCCAGUACCCAGGCUUUCAACUCUAUCAUCAACACCGCGGUCCUGAUGCUAAAUAUAACUUACACUGUUCCUCAAGGAAUCCUCGUUACUUGUGGUAGACACAAACUCCCAUCGCGAUAUUACAAUCUGGGUAUUUGGGGAUAUGCUAUCAACACGUUUUCCGUCUUGUGGCUCAUUCUGAGCGGAAUAUUCUUUUGCUUUCCCACAAGCAAUCCACCAACCAUCAACAACAUGAACUACAACUCGGUAGUUCUGUGUGGUAUAUUCGGACUGGUUUCGUUUUGCUGGUUGGAGCGCCGGAAGAAAUUCACUGGCCCUGUCAUAGAUUGGGAGGCCUUGAAUGUCACCCAGGCAGCUGCUUAA